AUGGCGCACCGCGACACGGCGCCAUACGUGCCGCAGGACCACAAGGAGGUCACGCAGCUGAUCCACUCGCUAGAAGGCCACGAGGGCAGGUCGUCGAAACAGAAAGGCUUCUCGGUCCGGAAACACACGUUCCCUCUGCCUAAUGGCCGCUCGGUCGAUUCGUGGAAGAUGAACGAUUGGGACUACAAGAAGGAGCACCUACCCACUUACGCACGCGGUCUCUUCACAUACAAGACAUUGUCAGGCAGGGACGAGAUUGUGGUGCGGGGAUACGACAAGUUCUUCAAUCACGGCGAAGUCCGCAAGACGGAAUGGAAGAACGUCGAGCGGAAUACACGGGGGCCAUACGAGCUCAGCGUGAAGGAGAACGGCUGCAUCAUAUUCAUCUCUGGACUGGAUGACGGCACCUUGUUGGUGUGCAGCAAACAUUCGACAGGUGCGCGUGGCGACGUUGAGCUCAGCCAUGCUUGCGCCGGCGAGCGAUGGGCCGAGAAACAUCUUGCAUCAGUCGGAAAGACAAAGAAGGAUCUAGCACAGAAGUUGCGCGAGAUGAACGCAACGCUGGUGGCCGAGCUCUGCGACGACGAUUUCGAGGAGCAUGUCCUGGCAUAUACCCCCGAGCAGGCUGGCCUGUACGUCCACGGCAUCAACCUCAACGUCCCUCACUUCGUCACCUACCCCGGCCCUCUAGUCGAUAAGUUCGCCGACGAAUGGGGAAUGAAGAAGGUUCAGUAUGUCAUGGAGGAUGACAUACACGAGGUUCAGCAGUUCCUGGACAAGGUCGCCGAGACUGGCAACUACAACGGGCGCGAUACGGAGGGCUUCGUCAUUCGAUGCCAGGCGCGAGAGACAGAUGACGCGCCAUGGGAGGACUGGUUCUUCAAGUACAAAUUUGAGGAACCGUAUCUAAUGUACCGCCAGUGGAGGGAGUGCACCAAAGCCAUCAUUGGCGGCAAGCCCCCUCGCUACAAAAAGCACCAGCAAAUUACCAAGGAGUAUCUUGAAUACGCUCGCAGGCAAUUCCUCAAGCAGCCCGGCCUGGCAAAACAAUACAACCAGAACCAUGGCAUCAUCAAAUUGCGCGAUGACUUCCUCCGCGAGCGAGGCACUACGGGUGCAGAGAUCAUCCGCCAGGAGCUGCAGAAGGGGCAAGUUGAGAACCAGCAGGUCAAGAACAAUAUUGUACUCGUGCCUAUUGCGACCAUUGGAUGCGGCAAGACCACACUUGCGCUGGCUCUGGUGAAGCUGUUCGGCUGGGGCCAUUUUCAGAACGACAAUGUGAAAGCGAAGAAGGGCCGCGGCCAGGUCUUCGCUGACACCCUUUCCUCUUUGCUUGUCACAAAUCCAGUUGUCAUUGCAGACCGCAAUAACCACCAGAAGCGCGAGCGCGAUCAGCUCAUCAACGACGUUCUCAAGACCGCAAAAGAGGCUCGUUUCGUUGCGCUUCACUACGUUCAUGACCGCACAAACUAUGACGACAUUCGGAGAGCAACGCGUGGUCGUGUGCUAGCCCGCGGUGACAACCAUCAGACCAUUCAGGCGGGCUCCAAGGGGCCGGAGGAAAUCAUCGAGAUCAUGGAGGGCUUCAUGCACCGCUUCCAGCCUGCCGACCCCUCUGAGGCGCCCGACGAGAACUUCGAUCUCAUCAUCAAUAUUGAUCCAGUGGUCGAUUCGCGGGAGAACUUGGAGGUCAUCAUCAACCAGCUCUAUGAGACCUACCCGGCUCUUUUCGAAGGCCGUGAUAUGCCGACCAACGCGGACAUGGACGAGGCUAUCCAGUGGGCCAUGAACGACUACCGCCCAGACUUCAAGAUGGACCUCUCCCGGGGCGGCGGUAAUGCUAACAACAGCCGCAAUAAUCAGAACCAGAACCAGAACCAGGCAAAGAAGCAGAAACAGGAUCAGAACCAGGUCUCGGCAAAAAAGCAGCCCAAAAUGGAGUACUUUUCUGUGCGCCUCCCUACCCAGCGCAUUACUUCAAUACUAGACGCCCUUUUCCAGAAUCAGGACCCAGAAACGGCGCGGCUGUACCGCCAUCUCCAGCAGACCCGCCGCGUGCAGAACGAGUUCCACGUCACCCUGAUGCAUCGCGCAUCUGCGGCAGAGAACCAAUCGUACUGGGACAAGCUGACGCAGCUGCACGCCUCCGUCGCCCAAGCCGAUAGCACCAACUGGGAGCCCGAUCUCGGCAAGUGCGGCGUGCAAAUCGAGCGCCUUGUCUUCGACGACCGCAUCAUGUGUUUCGUUGUACGGCUCAACGGCUCGGCUUCGCUGCAGGUACAGAAUGAAGCGGGUAGUGGAAAUCAGGAGGUAGUCUUCGAGACUGUGAACCCCGUUGCGCAUGUUACGGUGGGCACGGCUAGCGCGGAUAUUAAGCCUAAGGAAAGCAACGAUUUGCUGCAGAGGUGGCUGAAUGAGGGGUCUGGCGGGGAGACGGGCAUCCGGGAAUUCAGCGUGAAAGGAAACGUCGUGCUUGAUGGGAGUGUGCGGGGUGUGCUGGGCAGGAUGCGGUAA